CGGAGCCGCGCGGCGGCGUGCGGGCCGGGGCCCGCGGGCGGCUGCCUCACGGUGCUCCGGCCGAGGCGCGGCUGGAACCACCGGCUCUCACCCGCGGGGAUUUGGCACGAAGGGUCGGGCCUCGCUCGGUGCCUGCACCGCCCCGGGCCAGGGACAGUGGGUGCUGCCGCUGAGAUGCUGCACCACUUCAAGCCAGGCGAGGGGUUACCCGGGCAAAAGCACUUCUGAACAGUCCUUUCCCGCCUGUCCCGCCUGGGUUUUUUCUCUCACGGCUAAAUAUGAAGCAGAGAAGGAAAACGUUUUGUUUCUGCAGGGUGUUGUUCCACUGGUGGAGGAAGCUUUAUGUUAUGGCCUUGAACUCAUGAACAAACAGUUAAGCACUUAACAAGUAAAGUAAAUACUUAGCAACAUAUUGCUCACUAGGGAAAACCUAAAGAAUCUGCAUGUGUCCAUGGUUUUAGAAGACCCCAGUUGCAAAAUGAAAGGCAUAUGCUGUUUGGAGAAUGAGGCCUAGGCGUCAUUUAGAUGAUUUCUGGUGACUGACAAAAUUAAUUAACUGUUGAGCUUGUCUGAGUCCUUUGCUGUUUUUGUCAGGGCUGGUGGUGAAGUCAAAGCUGUCCAAGUGCUUUUUUGUGCCGGGGAGAGUGCUGUUUGCCCACACAGCCUAGGUUGCACUAGGGCUGGGAAAGAACAAACAUUCACUUAUUUUGUAGUUGUAACUUCGUUCAUAUUUGUAGACCAGUGAAUUGCAAAGUAAUGUUGAAAGAGGAAGGGAACCAUAUGGGGGUCAAAGCAGCAGGCUCUAACAUACUAAAUCUGGAAGGCUUUCAGGUCACAUGAGUAGUGGGAAUCGUCUCCUGUAGACAAAGGCCUGAUUUCAGGCAGUAAUUCCUGCAGAAGGCAUCACGGUUGAUUAUUUGUCUGUAGCUCAGCAGUAAGGAAGGCAUAGCAGAGUUCUUUUGAUAUCUGUAUAGCUUUGUGCAGGUUCUGUCCUUCAGUUUUUGCUUUCUCAAAGGUGAAGAAGUAUUUAUGAGCUAUUUCAAAUGCAAAAUGGAGAUUGUUCAUUUUCAUGUUCUGAAUAGAAUGAACAUAGUCUCCAAAGUGAUGCAGAAGACAGAAUUCUGUGAAUGUAGGUAGAACUGCACUAUAUAUUGAGCUCUUGGCUUCUCCUUCAGUGCUCUGUGUGCAAGAUACAGUGUUGUUCAUGAGCACGUCCUUCUAAAUGUUUUCAGAGUUAUGCCCCAGAUUACAGGGAUAAUAUGACAGCAAAAACAUAAGCAACAUUAUUUGAGAGAAACUGGAGUUGAUUUGAUAACUGUUGUUUGUUUAAAUGGUGAUGGUGUCUCCAAGGAAGGAGAAAAAUGGGUAGGAACAUUUGUUGCUUUAGUAAAAGGCAAGGAACAAACAGAGAAUAGGAGCUGAGGACCACAGAGUUCGAUGCCUGAGCCAAAAUAUACUUGUGUGAGUGCUGUGUGCAAUGGUGAGAGCUUAGUAAGCCAUUCAGAAAUCCAGAUUUGUGGGGGCAUUUUUGAUCAGUAGGAAAUCAGCACUUACUGAGUUAUGUCUUGCCUUGCCAACAAAGGAGAAAUUUGUCAGGCAUUCUUGCUUUUCGUAAUGCUAGCUUACCUCAAACAACGCUUUAUGUCAGCUGUCAUAGUUCUGGUAACUAGGAUAAUUUUUUGCCAUUACUAGGCUUGGUGAAUAUAGAGGCUGAUGUUAAUAUGAAAAACAGUUCAUGUAUUCUCACGUAGCAGCAACUAUGGGAAUUAUUCUUUAAGCUUUCCCAGGGCAGAUGUAGUCUCUGGUUGCUCCUAUGCAGUGGCUUAUUUUCUGCAGUGAUCCUUUUGCUGGAGCCUGUCACUAAUUUCACUUGAAUUCCAAGCUGUUUUUCUAUGCUUUGUUUAUUUUUCCCUUCAUUCGUUCUGCUGCUGCUUCUUUCAGCUUUCUUCAGUCUAUGACUGCCACAUUUCGACUGCUGUCUGUGUUUACUGGCGUCACAGAGCAGUGCUGUGUGUUUGCCUCUGAGUGUACUAUGGAAAGUGGUGCUGUGUAGGGAAGAGGUUUGCAAAAGAAGAAAGGAGCAGUCAGUCUAUGCAGGCGAGAGAACAGAUCAUCCAGCAGCUGCCUGUUGGCUUUGCAGGAGAAUGAAGAUAAAUCUAUGCAUCCUGGUGUGACCUUUCCCCUGUGCAGGCUGGAAAUCCCAGUCGCUAAUCCCCAUGUGCUUUUGCUUUUAAAUUAAAUAGUCCUAGCCUCUUGAGUCUGCCCUUGAUGGUGGCCAACCUCAAAUCGCUACCUCUGAACACUUUCACUUGCCUGCUCUCAGCUGUUUGUAUUUCUCCCUUGAGAAGAGCUGAAAACACUGGACUGCACCAAGAUGUGUUCUAUGGUGUCUUGGUGUCACAUUUAUUAUUGGUAUAAAUGUAUUUUUCUAGGUGCUGAAGUGAACACAUCUUGAAUGUAAAACUAGAUUUUUCUGACUGUCAACUAUUUAUAGGGAACUUCUGGCAAGUUAAGGAGGUUUUCUCUAGGUAGAAGAGAGAUGGGAAGAUGUAGAUAGUCCUCCUAUAUCUAUUCUUAAAAUAGUAAUAGGUUAAGACAACCUUUCAUGGACUCAGGAUGAAGUUUUUAAAUAUUAAUGGUUAAAUCUUUUUCUAGACUAUAGUGACAUAGUGUAUAAGUAUUCUUGAUGAUCUACAGUCUUCUGGUGAGGAGAAAUGGCAUAAUGUUUAAAUGCUGUUUAAUUCUUUGUGCGUCUCAGUGUAGUGUUGUUGAUGGUUGGUGAGAGGUUUUUUUUCUGCAAACAGAAUACAGGAAAAAAGAAUCCCAUCGUCACUUACUUGGAUUUUACUCAGUAAGAAUGCUUUGCAUACUGCUGAAGUUGUAUGCAGACAAUCAUUAUAGAGAUCACUUGGGUUUUCAUCAGAUUUUAAACAGGUGUAAGGUUUACACCUUAGCCAGGAGAUUACAUCAGUAGUUCUCUUAAAUAACCACGGUGUUGAGAGGGUAAAGUUUUAAGGUUUGUUCAAAUGCCUUAGUGGUGAGCAAAGAGGUUUACCUUGGGAUUCAUUAUUGGUGUCUUCAGUGAUUGAGAUGUGGUAAGUUAUGUUACCCUCUUGCCUUCAGAGUGAUUUGUUGUGUGCAUGUAGAACAGGCUAAGACUUGAGUCAAUGUGAAUUUUACAUAAGUAAAGGGAGGUGAGGCUUACAGGUGCAUUAUUCCACUUCAGCCCUAAUUCACCUUCUUGGUUUAUUAGAAGGGGUAGGUGUUAAUAUCUCUAGGGACGUGUUAUAAAGCUGCAUUAAGCUAGCAUUAGCGUCUUAACGUAUUAGUAUUUAGCGUCUUGUAGUAUUAGUGUCUCAAAGGUGAUGAAAGUACUGCCCUUAAAAUAUAUGCUAUGUAAAGGGGCAUAUAAACACUGUAUCAUCUUCCUAUGAAAAUAUCAGGCAAAAUAGUAAAGCAUCUUCUAAUUUUUGCAACUGAGAAAGCUCACUAUGCUGUCAGAAUGUUUUGAGGAAAGUAAAAUCAUGGUUAGUAAAGUUUUCACUGAUAGACUACUUCCAUAGACUUGCCUUUGGCCUUUUUUUUUCUAGCCACCUUAAAAUAUCUUGCCUGGGGAUAUGAAUUUCAUAUAACACUUGUUGUUCCUUGUCGUUCUCCUACAGUUCAUAUCAGCAUGCAUUAAACAGUAUGGCCAGUGUUUCCCUCUCUACCAUAACUGAGUGUACUGAGUGUAUUUGUCUUGCAUGCGGGGAGUGUUCUGUGUGGGGACACAGUGUGAUCCCAUGCUUGUAGCUGUCAGGAGUGAGGUGUGCCUGGUGCAGACUUUGUAUUGCCUGCACUUUCAUCUGUUAGGUGUAUGACAUUGACUACUUAAUCUUAAUUUCUUGAGGGAUUAGCAUAUACUUUCCAUUUGUAAAGCCUGAUUUUCUCAGGACCAUGGACCACAUAUUAGUGAUGUGGUUUGGCUGGCUGAAGUGAAGUUAUGCAGGAGGAGCUCCAGCAUGGCCUCUGUAAAAAGGCCAUAUAGCAAGGCUUUUCAAGGCUUCAGUGCAUGUGAUACAAUGACAUAGGUAAUUAAUUUUUAUACUGAUUCAAAAUACUGAAAAAGGUGCUCUGUGUGUAGUAAUCCUUUAGAAACUGAGGUUUCUGACUUUUCAGGAGUGAGAAAUGGCAGUAUCUGGGCUUACAAGGGUCCACAGAACUUGUUGGAUUCAGUGGCAGUUUCUGUUUCUACUGGUUACCUUUCUGACCUGCAACGAAAAAGGGGAAGCAGCUUACAUGCCAGCUAUUUUACACCAUGUCUGCUUGGAGCUCCUUUCUGGGGAACGUUAAGUUUUUCUUCCUGCAGCAGGUGAUUAGUGGGUAUGGUGUGAAUACCACAGCCAAAGAUCCCUGGCUGUGGGAGGGAAAGAAAACACAAGUGGUGUUGGUGAGAUCUGACAUCAUAUGUAUGCGUAGAAGGGAAAUGUGAAACUGUCACCUUUGAUGCAAGAUGAAACUUCACAGUAGUAGGUAAUAUACAUUUUCAAAUCCUGCAGAUAACCUAUGUGGUGUCUAAAGAGCAAAAUACGCAGUAAUUUCUUCAAAAUGGCAGGUCUUCAAGUGAUAUGGGGCUUUUUGGUGAAUGUAGUCACUGGUCCGUGUGCAGGAAGAUGUAGAUAAAUAGUCUGUUCAUGCUGGUAGCAUGUCAGUUCCACAGAAGGGUCAAUUGUCAGUUGCUUUGACUGUCAGUGGCUAUACAUUAGUUUAUUAGGUAGACUGUUCAUAAUACUAAUCUAGCCUGAAGGGAGAACAACCCCAUCUGAAAGGCUAAUGUUUGCUCUGUGUUUUUCAAAGUGCUGUUCUACUCCUUUAAGUUAAAUUACUACACACAGCAGUGGUUCAGUCUGCACUUGAUAAAGACUCACGCAGUUGUCUCUGCAUCCACUUCAGCAAGUGGGAAUCUAAGGCAUUGGCGUGUUAAUGUCUUCAGAUAAAGAAGAGGACCCAGAUGUUAUUCCUGAAGAUAGCAGUCUGCUAACUCUUCAGUACGUCGUUAUGGUGCACUCACAGCACCCUGAACCGGAGUGGGGAGGGAGAAUUAGAAAAAAGGCAUUAGAGAAGAGAGAAGAAACAAUUAUUGUGGAUCGGGCUUGCAGACAAGAAACUCUUGCCUAUGAGAUGGAGUCCCAUGCAAUUGGAAAGAGGCCAGACAAUCCAACAGAUCAGGUUGAGGAGGGAGAACUACUUUUAACUCUGAACAUCUUUUAUCCUGUCAUAUUUCAGAAGCAUAAAGAUCACAAACCCUACCAGACAGUACUUGUACUGGGCAGCCAGAAGCUCACCGAGCUGAGAGACUCAAUUUCGUGUGUCAGUGACCUCCAGAUAGGUGGUGAGUUCAGCAGUCAGCCAGAUCAAGCACCAGAGCACAUCAGCAAGAUACAGAUAUGCUUAACAAGGAUUCUGGAUCUUUUACGUUCUAACUGCUACUAUUGGGAUUCCUUGAAGAAACAUGAUAGGGCAUCAUCCCUCCUUGCACACUUAAAGGAUCUCUACAAAUCUGCUUUCUUUUAUUUUGAAGGCAUCUUUUAUAAUGAUAGAAGAUACCCAGAGUGCAGAGAUCUGAGCAGAACAGUUAUUGAGUGGUCACAAUCUCAUGAUAGAGGCUAUGGAAAUCUUCAGUCUGUUAAAAUGGAGGAUUACACAUUUAAUGAUUUGUCUCUCAAAAUUGGCUUUCCAUACCUUUUCUGCCACCAAGGGAAUUGUGAGCACAUCAUUAUAAUCACAGAUAUAAGGCUCAUUCAUCAUGAUGACUGCCUGGACAAGAACCUUUAUCCCGUGCUAAUUAAGAAACACUGGUUAUGUACCAGAAAAUGCUUUGUGUGCAAAAUGUAUACAGCCAGGUGGGUAACCAACGAAGACAGUCUGGCACCAGAGGAUCCUUGUUUCUUCUGUGACGUUUGUUUUCGGAUGCUCCAUUAUGAUGCAGAAGGCAAUAAACUGGGGGACUUUCUUGCAUAUCCUUAUGUGGAUCCUGGGAUUUUCAACUGAAACUGGCAUGAGGCAGCAUGACUUCAGUGAACUACAGUGGUGAAUCUGGUUGUUCUGGCAGUUAAAACCACCAAACAGUUUAAGUUUUGAGCACACUGCUGGGUUUGGGGUUAGGCUUUUAAUCCUUCCCCCUGAGGUGGAAAGAGUCCCUUGCACUUGAAGACUUUCCGGUGUGCUUUUCUGAGUAAGUGUGAUUUUAAAAGAUAGGUUAGCACGGAAAAAUAAGCUCAGACCAUGUGCUUUAUUUUAAUAAAUUACAUUUUUCAUACAUUUUUACAACAAUACAGUACUUGGGAGACUAUAGGCUCUAAAAUACAUGGAUGUUUAAAGAGAGAGUACCUUGCAAAAGCAGCCGUGAUUUUGAGAAGUUCUGUGCACCCAAGGCUCUGUUAACCUCAAAGGAUGAGAAUGUGGUCUUUGGGCAUCUUACCUUGAAAACUUUGGCAGUUCUCUCUGAACAAGAGUGCCUAGGCCUGAAUUUGUGGGGAGGAGGAGAGGAAGCUAUUUGUUCUGGGAGGGGACCUCAUAGUACUUCUUAAAUUCUGAGGUCUUCCCUGCCAACAGGGGGCUGCUCGGGUGUGUGAGCUACUGCUGUCUUUGUGUUCUGACUCAGAAGACUGAUUCCUUGAAGAGUACACUGCAUUUCACCGAUCACUGAGUUGUGGCCUACCUUUCAAAUAACUUCAUUAACUGUUUACCGUGCGUGCACUUGUAAGUGUUCAUAAAGCUUGGUUUUUUUUGGUGUAAUUCUGUUAUUGUAAGUAUUAUUGUUUUUUAUUAAAACAUGACCGAUUUAUA